UAUCAUCCGCCCAACAACACACACUCCUUUACACCAACUCAAACACACACAAACACAUCCAAUAUCUCUAUCUUAAGAUAUUUUAAUCAAAUUCAAAUCAAAGAUCUAUAUAUAUAUAUUUUCAGCUUUGAUUUGCUGCUGCUGAUACUGUUUCCAAAUGGAGCAGCCGUUAUCUUCACUUGCUUCUUCGGUUCCAACUUCAUCCACUAAAAAACGGAUUCGGAUCUUUCAAUCCGAUAUUCCUUCUAUUUUACUCCUCAAUUCAGAGAUGUCAGCUGAGUUUUCAUCACAACUGGUGGAUUUAAUAUUCAUGACAUUGUAUAUUUAUGAUGACCGAGGUUCAAGGAAAGCUGUGGAUGAUCUGAUUAAAAAAGCUCUAAACGAGGUUAUAUUUAUGAAAACAUUUGCAGCAAAUCUUGUGCAGGCCAUGGAGAAACAGUUGAAACUGCAGUCUCAUGUUGGCUGCUAUAGACUUAUGAACUGGUCAUGCUUGCUUCUUAGUAAAAGUCAGUUUAUUUCCGUAUCAAAAAAUGCCUUUAGCAAAGUUGCAGCAGCACAGGCUUUGUGUCUUCAAGUAAGCUUACAAGGGUCUUCUCAUGAACGCAGGGCUUGCCGAAGAACUUUUAUUCAUUCUUUUUUGGAGUCACCCGACAUCUUCAGUUUGUACAUGGAAGAAGUAAAAAACGCAAGAAUCUCGUAUAAAAAUUGUUCGGAAAUGCUUUGUGUAUUGUUGGACUAUUCAAGUUCAAAGAUGUCACUGUUUGAGCAAUGGAAGCCGGUAUAUCUUGAUAUGUAUGUACAAGCUGUUUUGAAUGCAAAGGAUAAUCCAACAAAAACUCUAAGUGAAGCUUUCCGUUCAUUGUUUUGUCAUCUAACACAUGAAGAUUUUAAGAACAUUAUUGUUCCUUCAGCUGUGAAGAUGCUGAAAAGGAAUCCCGAGCUUGUUCUGGAAUCCAUAGGGGUUCUUUUGAGAUAUGUUAACCUGGAUUUGAGUAAGUAUGGUGUCGAGAUUCUGUCAGUGGUACUAUUGCAGGCCCGACAUGCAGACGAAGUAAGAAGACUUGCCGCCUUAGAUAUUGUCAGUUGCUUGAGUCAAAAGUCUAGUAACCCCGAUGCUAUUGAGUCAAUGGUCAAUGCUGUCAGAUCUGUAAUUCGAGGUUCUGAGGGAAGACUCGCUUUUCCAUAUCAGAGGGUUGGCAUGAUUAAUGCUCUCCAGGAGUUGUCUCGAUGUCCUGAAGGGAAAUAUCUUAAUGGUCUUUCUUCUACUGUAUGUGGCCUUCUCAUGACCAGUUACAAGGAUGAUGGAAAUGAAGAAGUAAAGCUUGCGUGCUUAACUGCUCUAGCAUCUUGGGUAGCAAGAUCAACAGAUGCUAUUGGGCCAGAGCUUGUUACAUUUAUUAGCUCAGGUCUCAAGGAGAAGGAAUCAUUAAGAAGAGGUCAUCUUCGAUGCAUACGAGUCAUAUGCAAAAAUGCCGAUGCAGUUUUACCUGUAUCUUCUUUGCUUAUGUCUCUUAUCCAGCUAGUGAAAACUGGUUAUACUAAAGCAGUUCAACGGUUGGAUGGCAUUUAUGCAUUACUCAUUGUGUUGAAAAUGGCAGCUGCUGAUAUCAAAGCAGAUGAAACGGUGUCCAAGGAAAAGGUUUGGUCUUUGAUUGCGCAGAAUGAGCCUUCAGUUGUCCCUGUUGCUAUGGCUUCCAAACUAUCAGUCGACGACUGUGAAACAUGCAUUGACUUACUUGAGUCACUCUUUGUGGAUCAUUCACACAGGGUUUUGGACAUUCUUCAUGUGAAGUCACUCAUGCAGCUUAUUCUUACAUUUCUAUGCCAUUCAAGUUGGGAUAUACGCAAAGCAGCUUAUGGCUGUACCAAGAGGAUUCUAUCUGCUGCUCCAAAGCUCUUUGAAGUUCUUCUAGCUGAAUAUUCUGAGUACCUCACUGUUGUUGGGGAAAAAGUUUUAGCAAAAUCAAGCGAGACAGAAAACUCAUCGGACACUCAGGUAGCUUUUGUGCCAUCUGUGGAGGUUUUGGUCAAGGCUUUGAUGGUAAUUUCAUCUGGUGUCUUGGCUGCUACACCUGUUUCCUGCAUACAACUGCUAUUUUGCUCUCAUCAUCCAUGCCUAGUUGGUACAGCAAAAAAAGAUGCAGUUUGGAAGAGACUGCAAAGGUGUCUGAGAGCAAUUGGUUUUGAUGCUGUUGAACAUAUAAUGGCCGACGUCAGUAACUUGUGUCAGAGUUUACUUGGACCCAUGGGGUUGAUGAGUAUCAGGCCUCUGGAACAAGAAGCUUCUAUACAUGCUUUGUCAACCUUGAUGACUAUCACACCUGUGGAAACCUAUGCUGAAUUUGAUAAGCACUUGAAAAGCUCUCCCGAUCGGAGUGCGCACAAUUUUCUAUCAGAAAAUGAUGUUCAGAUUUUCCGUACCCCUGAAGGGAUGCUAUCCACUGAGCAAGGCGUUUAUAUCGCCGAGUCUGUAGCUUCUAAUAACGUGAAACAGGCUAAAGGCCGUUUCAAGGCAUAUGAGAACAAUGACAGCAUGGACAAUGGCAACUCCAAUUCUUCUGGAAGGAAAGAAACUGCUGUUAAAGAACGCGCCGCUGCAGGAAAAAAGGAUACGGGGAAACCAACAAAAAAGCCUGAUAAACAAAAGACAUCAAAGGAGGAGGCACGUGAUUUGCAGCUUCGCGAGGAAGCUGUUGUUCGUGAGAAGGUCAUGAGCAUACGGAAGAAUCUUUCUUUGUUACUGAAAGUGUUAGGAGAGAUGGCUAUUGCUAAUCCUGUUUUCACACAUAGUGAAUUACCCUCGCUGGUUGAAUUUGUUACCCCAUUACUGCAUUCACCCAUAGUUGAUGAGGUGGCAUAUGAAACUAUGGUGAAGCUAUCAAAAUGUACAGCUCCUCCACUAUCUAAUUGGGGUUUAGAUAUUGCUACAGCCUUAAGGUUAAUUGCCACUACCGAAGCUCAUGUGUCGUGGGAUCAACUUUCAUCUCUUGAUGAUGGUGAUCACGACAGGUCUUCAUCGAGUCUCUUUGAAAGAGUAAUGCAUGGCUUGUCGGUAUCAUGCAAAUCUUACCCCAUUCCAGUUGAUUCUUUUAGUUUUGUUUUCCCGAUUCUGGAGAGAAUACUGUCGUCUCCUAAGAAGACACGACUUCAUGAUGAUGUACUUCGCAUACUUUUUUUACAUAUGGAUCCUAUAUUACCCCUUCCCAGGCUUCAAAUGCUUUCAGUUUUGUAUCAUGUGCUCGGUGCCAUUCCUGCGUAUCAAGGAUCUGUUGCACCAGCAUUGAAUGAGUUGUGUCUUGGUUUGCGACCAGAAGAACUUGCACCGGCGCUAUCUGGUGUUUAUGCGAAAGACGUUCAUGUAAGAAUGGCGUGUUUAAAUGCUGUAAAAUGCAUUCCAGCCGUAUCUAGCCGCUCUGUUCCUCAGGAUGUGGAAAUUGCUACAAGCAUUUGGAUUGCUUUGCAUGAUCCCGAAAAGUCAGUUGCCGAGGUGGCAGAGGAUGUGUGGGAUCGUUACGAUCACGAAUUUGGGACCGAUUAUUCUGGACUCUUCAGGGCCCUUUCUCAUGUUAAUUAUAAUGUUCGAAUAGCUGCUGCCGAUGCAUUGGCUGCUGUGUUAGAUGAAUACCCAGAUACGUUGCAGGAAUCUUUGGCAACUUUGUUCUCUCUUUAUAUUCGUGAUGGUGGUAUUGGGGUGGACAGCAUUGAUUCUGGCUGGCUAGGUAGACAAGGGACUGCUUUAGCUUUGCAUGCUGCUGCUGAUGUCCUUCGAACAAAAGACCUUCCUGUUGUUAUGACAUUCUUGAUAUCUCGAGCACUGGCUGAUACCAAUGCCGAUGUUCGUGGAAGAAUGAUCAAUGCCGGUAUCAUGAUCAUUGAUAAACAUGGAAAAGAUAACGUCUCACUGUUGUUUCCGAUAUUCGAAAACUACUUAAACAAGAAGGCCAGUGUGUCGGAUGAAGAAAAAUAUGAUUUGGUACGUGAGGGUGUCGUCAUCUUUACUGGAGCUCUAGCAAAGCAUUUAUCCAAGGAUGAUCCUAAGGUCCAUACUGUUAUAGAGAAGUUACUGGAGGUGCUAAACACCCCAUCAGAAGCUGUCCAGAGGGCAGUCUCAAGUUGUCUGUCUCCAUUAAUGCAAUCAAAGCAAGAAGAUGCAAUGUCACUUGUUACCAGGCUAUUGGAUCAGCUGAUGAAGAGUGAGAAAUAUGGGGAGCGGCGUGGAGCAGCUUUUGGGCUUGCCGGGGUUAUCAAAGGGUUUGGAAUCUCUAGUUUGAAGAAAUAUGGUGUCGCCACAGUGCUACGGGAAGGACUUGCAAAUAGAAAUUCUGCUAAAUGCCGUGAAGGAUCUUUGCUGGCGUUUGAGUGCCUUUGUGAAAAGCUUGGGAAACUGUUUGAACCGUAUGUAAUAUACUUGUUACCAUUGCUACUGGUUUCAUUCUCUGAUCAAGUCAUUGCUGUCCGGGAAGCUGCUGAAGGUGCUGCUCGUGCUAUGAUGUCUCAACUUACUGCACAGGGAGUGAAGCUUGUCCUUCCUUCACUUCUGAAGGGUCUUGAAGAUAAAGCUUGGAGGACCAAGCAGAGUAGUGUUCAACUUCUUGGCUCUAUGGCAUAUUGUGCUCCACAACAACUUUCUCAGUGCCUACCUAGGAUUGUGCCAAAAUUGACAGAGGUGCUAACGGAUACCCAUCCGAAAGUGCAAUCUGCAGGGCAAACAGCGCUCCAGCAGGUUGGUAGCGUGAUAAAGAAUCCUGAAAUCGCAUCCCUUGUCCCAACCCUUUUGCUGGGGCUUACAGAUCCUAAUGAUCAUACGAAGUAUUCCCUUGAUAUUCUUCUUCAGACAACUUUUAUAAAUUCAAUUGAUGCUCCUUCAUUGGCCCUUUUGGUACCCAUUGUUCAUCGUGGAUUAAGGGAGAGGGGCUCUGAAACAAAAAAGAAGGCUGCCCAAAUAGCUGGCAAUAUGUGUUCGUUAGUCACUGAUCCAACAGAUAUGCUUCCUUAUAUAGAAUUGCUCCUUCCGGAAAUCAAGAAGGUCUUAGUAGAUCCAAUACCGGAAGUUCGGUCUGUAGCAGCCAGAGCCGUUGGUUCUCUGAUAAGGGGAAUGGGCGAAGAGAACUUCCCAGAUCUUGUCCCGUGGUUGCUUGAAACACUCAAGUCUGAUGGUAGUAAUGUUGAACGCUCCGGUGCUGCACAAGGAUUGAGUGAGGUAGUGGCUGCUCUUGGAACUAUGUAUUUCGAGCACCUUCUUCCUGAUAUCAUCCGGAACUGCUCUCAUCAAAAAGCAUCCGUACGUGAUGGUUAUCUGACACUUUUCAAGUAUCUGCCAAAAUCACUAGGCGUACAGUUCCAAAACUACUUGCAGCAAGUGCUACCAUCCAUCUUAGAUGGUCUUGCAGAUGAAAACGAGUCUGUGCGUGAAGCUGCACUUGGAGCUGGGCACAUACUGGUGGAACAUUAUGCUAUAUCGUCUCUGCCUUUGCUUCUUCCGGCUGUAGAAGACGGUAUAUUUAAUGAUAAUUGGCGUAUACGUCAAAGUUCUGUAGAACUUUUGGGUGACCUCUUAUUUAAGGUUGCUGGGACUUCUGGAAAAGCGCUUCUCGAGGGUGGUAGUGAUGAUGAAGGUGCCAGUACUGAAGCACAAGGACGUGCAAUCAUUGAGGUACUUGGAAAAGAGAAGCGCAAUGAAGUGCUUGCUGCACUCUAUAUGGUCCGUACAGAUGUCAGCCUUUCAGUUCGCCAGGCUGCCUUACAUGUGUGGAAGACUAUAGUUGUAAAUACUCCUAAAACCUUAAAGGAGAUAAUGCCGGUUUUGAUGAAUACCCUUAUCACUUCUCUUGCCUCACCAUCCUCUGAAAGACGACAGGCCGCUGGACGAGCUUUGGGUGAGCUUGUUAGGAAACUUGGUGAGAGAGUUCUUCCCUUGGUUAUUCCUAUAUUAUCUAAAGGCUUGAAGGACCCCGAAUCUAGCAGAAGACAGGGUGUCUGCAUUGGUCUAAGUGAAGUGAUGGCUAGUGCUGGCAGGAGCCAGUUAAUAAGUUAUAUGGAUUUGCUUAUCCCUACCAUCCGUACUGCUCUUUGUGAUAGCACGGUCGAGGUUCGGGAAUCUGCAGGGGUUGCCUUCAGUACUCUGUAUAAGAGUGCUGGAAUGCAAGCAAUUGAUGAAAUUGUUCCAACUCUUCUCCAUGCUUUGGAAGAUGAUGAUAUGGCAGAUACUGCGCUUGAUGGUCUAAAACAAAUAUUGAGUGUCAGGACUGUGGCUGUGUUGCCUCACAUAUUGCCGAAGCUUGUUCAUCUCCCUCUCUCUGCAUUCAAUGCACAUGCUCUUGGAGCAGUUGCAGAGGUUGCGGGUGCCGGUUUAAAUGUCCAUCUUUCAACAGUUCUUCCUGCCUUGCUCUCUGCAAUGGGAGACGAUGAUCAUGUGGAUGUCCAGAAUCUUGCCAAGAAGGCUGCAGAAAUCGUGGUGCUAGUCAUUGAUGAGGAGGGAAUUGAGUAUUUGAUAUCAGAACUUUUGAAGGGGGUUGGGGAUAACCAAGCUUCAACUAGGCGCAGUUCUGCAUAUCUGAUUGGUUAUUUUUUCAAAAACAGUAAAUUGUAUCUGGUGGAUGAAGCUCCGAAUAUGAUAUCUACCCUUAUCGUUUUACUAAGUGACGCAGACUCUGCUACUGUAUCGGCUGCCUGGGAAGCACUGUCGAGAGUUGUUGGUUCAGUUCCUAAAGAAGUUCUCCCGUCAUAUAUCAAGUUAGUUCGGGAUGCUGUAUCCACAUCUAGAGACAAGGAACGUAGAAAGAAAAAGGGAGGGCCAAUUGUUAUUCCCGGGUUAUGUCUCCCAAAAGCUCUUCAACCGUUGCUUCCUAUAUAUCUUCAGGGCCUAAUAAGUGGGUCCGCAGAAUUGAGAGAACAGGCUGCACAGGGUCUUGGAGAAUUAAUUGAAGUAACAAGUGAAAAGGCACUGAAAGAGUUUGUUAUCCCUAUUACAGGGCCCCUGAUUAGAAUUAUUGGUGAUCGAUUCCCAUGGCAAGUGAAAAGUGCUAUUCUUUCAACUUUGACCAUCAUAAUAGGAAAAGGUGGUAUGGCAUUGAAACCUUUUCUUCCACAGCUACAAACUACCUUCGUCAAAUGUUUACAGGACAGCACAAGGACCGUUCGUUCAAGCGCUGCCUCGGCCCUUGGGAAACUUAGUGCAUUAAGUACCAGGGUUGAUCCUCUAGUUGGCGAUCUCCUAUCCAACUUGCAGGCAUCAGAUGGUGGGGUGCGUGAGGCAAUAUUGGCUGCUUUGAAAGGUGUUGUUAAGUAUGCCGGAAAGAGUGUUAGUGCUCCCGUUAAGACUCGUCUUUAUGAUCUUUUGAAGGAGUUGAUAUAUAAUGAUGAUGACCAAAUAAGAUGUUCUUCAGCAAGAAUUCUGGGCAUCAUAUCCGAGCAUUUGGAAGGUUAUCAAAUAUCUGAAUUACUUGAGGAACUUCCACAUAAUACUUCAUCUUCUAGCUGGUCUGCCAGGCAUGGCUCACUUCUUACCAUCUCAUCAAUGCUAAGACACAUUCCUACUAUAAUAUUAGCAUCUCCGUCAUUCACAAUGGUUGCUGACUGCCUCAAAAAUAGCUUGAAGGAUGAGAAGUUCCCUGUUCGUGAAACAUCAACUAAAGCAUUAGGAAGACUACUCCUUCAUCAAGUUCAAAAGGAUCCUUCCAACUCAAAUGCACACAAGGCCACGGUUGUGUCAAUUGCAUCUGCCAUGCAGGAUGAUUCCAGUGAAGUCAGGAGGAGGGCAUUAUAUGCACUUAAAGCAGUGGCAAAAACACAUGCUUCAGUGAUUAUGAUCCAUGUUACGGUAUAUGGUCCUAUGCUUGCCGAAUGUUUAAAGGAUGGAAGUACACCCGUGCGACUUGCUGCUGAAAGAUGUGCUUUGCAUGCCCUUCAGUUAACAAAAGGGACAGAAAAUGUUCAAGCUGCUCAAAAGUUUAUAACUGGUUUAGAUGCAAGACGGAUAUCAAAGCUUUCUGAAUACAGUGAUGAUAGUGAUGACAGUGAAGAUGACUCGGCAAGUGGUUGAUAAGUUGUCAAUAUGUAUGUAGAUUCAGUGUUUUUGGUGUUCAUCUAUAGCAUACUUGUUCUUAAGAGGCUUAGACAUAGGCUUUUACCGUCUACAUUUUUGUACCCGUAGAAAAAGCUAAAUGCAAUUAUUUAUAGAGUACACAGACAAUACCCAUUUUUGAGGAAUGGGUUCUCAUUUCUGCGUCAUAUAUAAGGUCGUUUGUACUCUGAAGUUGUAAUUUUGGCAUUUUGGAUUUUAAUUUUGUGAUCAAUGAAGAGCGGAAAGGUUUUGUA